AUGCCCAAGAAAAUCCGUUCCAUGGAAAUGUCCUACAAGAACGAGUUCAAGCACGUGAGCAGGCGCGACAUCAAGAAUGAGAAGCCAUGGAUCAAGAACAACUACCGCCAUAUCUUCCACGUCAAGCAUCUCAAGAUGGCGAUGCAAUCCGGCAAGAGCAACAAAGCCGUGAAGAUCAAGCUCAAGCGGCUCAAGUCGCACUCCGAAAGUCCACUAGAGCUGUUGCCCAACGCAGCCAUCAAGUACGUGAGCACGAGGAAGCACUUCGUCAAGCAAGAAAAGAAGAAGCCACUGGACGUGAAGAACAACAAGAAAGGUGAGACCGGGCAUAUAUACCUCGACCUCCUCUACGCUAAGAGUGAAAUCACGAUGAAGAUCCUCCUCCACGUCAAGAGAGACAACAAGCGUAUAGAGUACUUGAAGACCCUCCUCCAAACAAAGAGCGCCAUCAACAUUGUCAAUAUGUUGAAGAACUCCGCUACGGAAUUCAUGGAUGUCUUUCCCAAUGAGCUACCCCCCGGCCUUCAUCCUGUACAUGGCAUCGAACAUCGGAUCGACCUCAUCCCUGGCACACCUCUUCCUAACAAGGCUCCAUACUACAUCAACCUUGAAGGAACCAAAUAA